AUGAAGUUCAGCAUAGUUCUUCUGGUCAUAGCGGCCUUCGUGGCUGCCCAGGCCGCUCCUAGAGCCAACCCAAACGUCGUCAUCUCCCAGGUAUCGAGUAGCAGUUCUCAGAGAAGCAGUAGCAGCAGUAGCAGCAGUUCUGAGUCUUCUAGCAGUGAAUCCAGCAGUUCACAGAGUAGUCAAUCAUCUCAGAGCUCGUCUCAACAGUCCAGUUCAUCUUCUGAAAUCAUCCAAUCAUCUCAGAGUUCUGGUAACAGUGGCUCUAGCUCUUCAUCUCAGAGCAGCCAGUCAUCUCAGAGUUCUGGUAACAGUGGCUCUAGCUCUUCAUCUCAGAGCAGCCAGUCAUCUCAGAGUUCUGGUAACAGUGGCUCCAGCUCUUCAUCUCAGAGCAGCCAGUCAGCUCAGAGUUCUGGUAACAGCAGCCAGUCAUCUCAGAGUUCUGGCAACAGUGGCCAGCUCUUCAUGCCAGAGCAACAGUCAUCCAGCAACAGUGGCUCCAGCUCUUCAUCUCAGAGCAGCCAGUCAGCUCAGAGUUCUAGCAGCAGUGGAUCCAACUCAAGUAGUAACAGCGCCAGCAACAGUGCCAGUAACAGCGCCAGCAACAGUGCAAGCAACAGCGCCAGCAACAGUGCCAGCAAUAGCGCCAGCAACAGCGCCAGCAACAGCGCCAGCAACAGUGCCAGCAACAGCGCCAGCAACAGUGCAAGCAACAGCGCCAGCAACAGUGCAAGCAACAGCGCCAGCAACAGUGCCAGCAACAGUGCCAGCAACAGUGCCAGCAACAGUGCCAGCAACAGUGCCAGCAACAGUGCAAGCAACAGCGCCAGCAACAGUGCCAGCAACAGUGCCAGUAACAGUGCCAGCAACAGCGCCAGCAACAGUGCCAGUAACAGUGCUAGCAACAGCGCCAGCAACAGUGCCAGCAACAGCGCCAGCAACAGCGCCAGCAACAGCGCCAACAACAGCGCAAGCAACAGCGCUAGUAACAGUGCUAGCAACAGCGCUAGUAACAGUGCCAGCAACAGCGCCAGUAACAGUGCCAGCAACAGUGCCAGUAACAGUGCCAGCAACAGUGCCAGUAAUAGCGCCAGCAACAGCGCUAGCAACAGCGCCAGUAACAGUGCCAGUAACAGUGCCAGCAACAGCGCAAGUAACAGUGCCAGCAACAGUGCCAGUAACAGCGCUAGUAACAGUUCAAGUAACAGCGCCAGUAACAGUUCCAGCAACAACGCCAGUAACAGUUCCAGCAACAGUGCUAGCAACAGUUCAAGUAACAGCGCCAGCAAUAGCAGCAGUAACUCGAGUGAUUCCAGCAGUAGCGAAAGUAGCUCAGAGAACUCCAGCAGCAGCGGAAGUAGCUCACAAAACUCCAGCAGUAGCGGAAGUAGCUCACAGAACUCUAGCAGCAGCGGAAGUAGCUCACAGAACUCCAGCAGCAGCGGAAGUAGCUCACAGAACUCCAGCAGUAGCGGAAGUAGCUCACAGAACUCCAGCAGCAGCGGAAAUAGCUCACAGAACUCCAGCAGCAGCGGAAGUAGCUCACAGAACUCCAGCAGCAGCGGAAGUAGCUCACAGAACUCCAGCAGCAGCGGAAGUAGCUCACAGAACUCCAGCAGCAGCGGAAGUAGCUCACAGAACUCCAGCAGCAGCGGAAGUAGCUCACAGAACUCCAGCAGCAGCGGAAGUAGCUCACAGAACUCCAGCAGCAGCGGAAGUAGCUCACAGAACUCCAGCAGCAGCGGAAGUAGCUCACAGAACUCCAGCAGCAGCGGAAGUAGCUCACAGAACUCCAGCAGCAGUGGAAGUAGCUCACAGAACUCCAGCAGCAGCGGAAGUAGCUCACAGAACUCCAGCAGCAGCGGAAGUAGCUCUAACAACUCCAGCAGUAACAGCGCCAGCAACAGUUCCAGCAACAGUGCCAGCAACAGUGCCAGCAACAGUGCCAGCAAUAGUGCUAGCAACAGCGCCAGCAACAGCGCCAGCAACAGCGCCAGCAACAGCGCCAGCAACAGCGCCAGCAACAGCGCCAGCAACAGCGCCAGCAACAGCGCCAGCAACAGCGCCAGCAACAGCGCCAGCAACAGCGCCAGCAACAGCGCCAGCAACAGCGCCAGUAACAGCGCCAGCAACAGCGCCAGUAACAGCGCCAGUAACAGUGCCAGUAACAGUGCCAGUAAUAGCGCUAGUAACAGCGCUAGUAACAGCGCCAGUAACAGCGCCAGUAACAGCGCUAGCAACAGUGCUAGCAAUAGCGCUAGUAACAGUGCUAGCAAUAGUGCCAGUAACAGUGCCAGCAACAGUGCCAGCAACAGCGCCAGCAACAGUGCUAGCAACAGCGCCAGCAACAGCGCUAGUAACAGUGCCAGCAAUAGUGCUAGCAACAGCGCUAGUAACAGCAGCAGUAACUCCAGCGAUUCCAGCAGCAGCGACAGUAGUUCAAAUAACUCUAGCAGUAGCUCAAACAAUAGCAGUGGGAGCUCUAGUAACAGCUCUGGCAGUAGUAGCAGUAAUUCAAGCGGCUCCAGCAAUAGCGGAAGUAGUUCGAACAAUUCCAGCAGUGGCAGUUCUAGUAAUAGCUCUGGUAGCAGUAGCAGCAACUCCAGUGGAUCCAAUGUCGUCCGCAGUCGUUCCAGCAGCUCCUCAUCAAACAGUGCGAUAGCUAACAGCAGUAGCAGCGAAUCAUCUGGCGCCAACGGAAGCAGCUCCCGGUCGAGUUCGUCCAAUGCUGCCAUCGCCCAAUCCUCCUCGAGCAGCAGCCAGUCUCAAAACGCUGACGGUAGCGAAAGUGAGAGCAGCCAAUCCAGCCAGAGGGCCGCUCAACAAAGCAGCCAAAGCAGUCAAGUCAUCAACGCUGACGGUAGCCAAAGCAGUUCGUCAUCUAGUAACAACGCAUCGCGCCAGGCUAGUUCAAGCUCCUCAAGAACAGUGAGCGCUGAUGGAAGCUCCAGCGAAAGCAGCUCGAGUUCUUCAAGUUCAUCAAGCUCGUCCUCUUCAUCAUCAAGUUGGUCAAGCGAUUAAGUUCGAUGAAGCCUUCUUCUAACCAACUGAUUCGACAAUUUAUAAUACUCUAUGAAAUUUCUUAAUAAUUGUUUUAAAUUUUUAGAUCUUUUGGUAUAAGAUUGUCGAUGUCAUUUGGUCUACUUGGCGUUCUUAAACGGAUCUGAUUUAGAAUAUGAAGGAUAAUCUAAAUAUCUUUCAUUAAUUUUAUUAUUUGAUUGAAUAGCAGUGAGAUAUAAACUUAUGGAUAGACUUAUAGCAAGUAUUUCUGAAUACUUGAUGGAAUGUAAUCGUAUAAAUAUUGACUCAAGAAGCAUUUAGUUGAAAAUGUAAAAAAAA